GUAUUCAAAAACAUAUAAACAACUUAAUAGAUAAAAUAUUCGCAUUUAUAUAUAUAUUUUAAUGCUAUACGUCUUGUAGUUUGAACAAAGAUAUAAAUGAAAAUGACAGUUCCCUGACGCCAUUAAAUUUAAUUAUGUUACCUUAAAAUUUAUUUCAAAAGUGAUUUAUUAAGCUAAAAAUAUGUAAGAACCAUAAUAAAUUAAAAUAACUUUAAAAAAUGAACUAGAAUGUAAAAUCAAACACUAUGCCUGGUGGAAGACGUAAUGCUGCUAGUAGAAAUGGACAGAGUAAAUCCCAAGCUAACUUCUCUGUAUCUUCAAAUAUUGGUAUACGAAGUAAUAGUGGAGAAAGAACAGCUGGAAAUGGUGCAGAUGAUAAAAAGUCAGAACUUUGUGGAAUGAAAGCAUUAGUACCAAAACAUGUACCUAUACCAGUUGUACCUGUGGAUGGUCAUUUAACUUUUGAAGCGUUGUCUUUAGUUGUGUCAAUUAUUGCAGCUUCUUUACAAAUGCUUAAUUUGUAUAGAACUGUUUGGUGGUUACCUCAUUCUUAUAAUAAUUAUAGUAUGAAUUUCUACUUAAUAGAUCCUUAUUUGCUUGUAUUUAUUAUAAUUAUGGUUGCAAGGCAAUUUAUUUAUUCUUUAUUGCAUCGAGUUAUUGAUGUUUCAUCACCAGUUCGUUGGUUACCUACUGCUCAAAAAAUGAUGAGGAUAACUUUACUAAUCAUUGUGAUGAAUAUAUUAUGCUGGUGUCUUUACCAUAUGGCUGAACGACAUAACUCAAUGAAGAUUUUUUACUUAUGUUAUCCAAGUUUAUCUGUAUAUUUUGUAAUGUUUGGUAUAAGUGCAGCACCUUUCUUUGAUAUAUCAACACCUUUAUAUGGUAAAGAUGAAAAGAAAACAAAGUUUCUGAUGGACAAACCUUUACAUAAUUGUUCAUUAAAUGCAUCAGCAAUUAGAGCAGAAGUUUCAACAUUAAGGUCCGAUUUCAAUCGGCGUUUGAAACGAGCUUUGUUUGCAUCUUCUAGUAGUGCUUAUGUAUGUGGUAUUGCACCCAUUAUAUUUGUACCUCAACAUCUACAUUUUAAUAUUUCAUGGGUUGUGCAACAUGUUAUUAUGUUUUGGCUGGAAAGAAUAAGUGCUCACUUUUCACAUGCUUAUCCUGUCAGGUACUGUGAUGUUUUACAUAGAGCGGCAUUACACCUAGGUCGAUGGGUUAAAAUUGAAAAUCGCAAUAGUCAUACUUAUGCCCAAGUGUGGAAUGAUUCUAUUUUGUGGCCUCAUGGUUCAGUUGUGAGACAUAAUAAAGAAAUCUAUCGUUCCGAAGGCUUCUGUACUGUAGCAGAACCAGGAAAUUCAAAUCAUUACAGAUUUUAUGCUUUAUUUAGUAAUCCUACAAUGUUACUUUGUUCAAUAUUGGGCUUGCAACUUCUUCUUGUUUGUGCACAAUUACUUAUUUUACUACGCACAACUGAUUGGUAUCAAGUGUUAUCAAUAACAUUGCUUCUUGUGAUCAACUAUUAUACUUUAUUUAAAGUUACUAGAGACUAUCUUAUUUGUUGGAAAGUAUAUCAUGCAGAACAAAUAAUACAAGAAAAGUCGCAAAUGAUUGCAAAUUCUACUGUUCAAUAAAUGAUUAUUGAACAAAU